UUUUAUUUUGCUUAUAAAAACUUGUACACUUGGCCACUUGUAAACUUAUACACCUAUACAAAUACAAUAUAUAUAUAUAUAUAUAUAUAAAUUAUUUUGUAUACCAUUUAUACCAUUUAUACCACAGUAAAAACAGCAGUAAUAAAAUAUGGAAGACAUCUCGAUUGAAGAUAAAGUCAAGAUUGCAUCUGGAUUCCUGUUGGCCAGUCCUCCCGGUGAAGUGAAUGAUGUGUUUAACGAUGUUCGUACAUUGGUUGACGAUGACAAGGCCUUAGAAAGCGGAAUUCUUACUACUCUUGAAGAAUACAACACUGAACAGUUGAUUACUGUCAUUCCACCAGGUCUUGAUUAUGAGGUUAUCGUAUCAAAACAUGGCAAGGUUGAUUUAGACCGGUACCUUGAUCCUCGUUCCAAAAAGUCUUUCCAGUUUGAUCACAUUCGCUUGGUAGCAACUGAAUUGAAAGAUCAUACAGAAGAUCUUCCAAUAGAAGACUUUAGAGCAGCAGUGGAAACAGAAGCUCAUAAAUAUGUAAAUGAUCAUUAUCCAAACGGUGUAUGCUCUGUCUAUGGUCUUGACGAAAACAACAUUGCUAUUGCUAUUGUCGACAACAAGUACAAUCCUAAUAACUACUGGAAUGGUAGAUGGCUCGCUACUUGGGUUUAUAAUCGCGAAACAGGUGCUCUCAAAGGUGCUACCAAAGUACAUGUUCAUUAUUACGAGGAUGGAAACGUUCAGCUAAACUCGGACAAGAAGUCUGAUUCGACGGUUACCUUUAAAGAAGAUGUUACAGUGACAGCCAAGGCUAUCGUCAAGGAAAUUACGACAUUUGAUAAACGGUAUCACACAGCUGUAAACAAUAGCUAUGAAGAAUUAGCCGAGAAUGCAUUUAAGGGUUUGCGUAGAGCUUUGCCGCUGACUCGUAACAAGUUGGACUGGAACAAGAUCAUGAACUACAAAAUUGGUAACGAGUUAUCCCAGAAAUAAGACUUUCAAAUAAAAUAGCAUACACAUGUGCGCACGCGUACACGUACAUGUACACGCAAAUAAAAUUCAAUAAAGCAAAUCCAACGCUCUACAAAGCAAUUUUACAUGC